UGAUCCUGUGUGUUUCCUGGUGUUGCCUAUGGGAAAAUUAUGGUGCAAGAAGAAAAUACUACAACCCCUAAAAUACUCAUGAUUGUUUAACGUUUUUAUUACUUUUUAUAUUUAUAUUGUAGGUUGUCAGUGUUUUGGAGAAAGGGAGCAAUUCAGUGAUAAAGGGGAAAUACAAUAAAAUCUUUCUAAUUUGCUGAUUGCUAAUUAAAGCACCCCCUAAUUCUUACACAUACAAUCUGCUUUCUCCCUACUCUGCAAAGUAUUAAUAGUUAAGUACUGUAGUGAAGUCUCACUUUAAUAAGUCUGUUACUUCAACCAAGUAUACUACAGAACAUUUAUUAGUAUACUCUGAAGUAGUAUAAUGGAAACUAACUACAGUUGUUGCAAUAAAUGAACCAAGUACAUUUUGUGAUGUGAUAUCCUUGCCUUUGUUUGCUUGCUCACUUGCUACUUCUCAAAAUUCAGUCAUUUGUAAAUGUUUUCCAAGUCAUUACUGUGCAUUAAUGGGGUUCUACUGUGGCUUUUUCAGAAAUGUAUGGUUUUCCCUCUGAAAAAUCUGGAUAUAAACAAUAUAUUAUUUGCUUGUUUUGAAUAUUUUAAGUUAGCAUCAUGUGCAGCAAAAAUUUGAAAAUGACCCAAAUAAUCUACUCUGAAUUUUGCAGUAUUGCAUUAUUUUGUGUAUGUAAAUUUGCAAACUGAAUUUUCUUGUUAGUUUUUUUUUUAAUUCAUUACAAAUUGCAGGGAAAUUCCUAAUAUUCCUGGAAUACAUUUGGAAACUUUAGCAGGGAGACAUAUGCUUGUGCUAUGGUUACUUGAGUUGGUACCAAUACACGUGGACUUUCAAAUUAUGUGGUUAAUACUGAGGCAAAAUAAUAGUUUUAUGCUUCAUUAAUGUUAAAAGUUCUACUAAAUGGAAGCCUUGUAAUUUUGAAAGUUCAUUCAUUUUAUGUUGGUGCAUGUUUAUGUUAAGCAUGUAACACAUUAAACUAGAAUUCACUUUUUCAAAGAACUUGUACUAAGUAUUACUGUUAAUGAAAAACACCUUUAAGUUUAAAUUUGAACUUCUGUUCAGUUUUAAAUUGCUUUAAGUCAGGGAAAUAAAUUUUAUAAUCGCUUUUGUUAUACUACGCAUAUAAAAACUUUGUUUCCUUUUUAAAACUAUUUCUUUUCUUAGGAUACACAAAUUGAGGCAAGCAAACAUUUCUAAGAGUUGUUUCUUGCUUUCCUUAAUCCAAUGGAUGGAAAGAUUUGGAACAUUAUUACCAUAUUUGAUACUGAUUUUAAUUCAGAAAUUUUGAGUUGAUUGCAUUACUAUAGAGUAGGAUCACAAAAGCAGUUGGUGAAGCCAGCAACACUGGAAUGGUCUUUCAGCCCUUCUGACUAGGAGUAACAAAACCAUGAAUCCUCGUCUGUGGAGAUUCCACUGCUACAGGAAUUUGUUUGAGAGGAAUAGCUGACCUUCUACUCUGACCCCCAGACUUGUGAUUAGCAUUAUGGCUGCACGCUGGACGUACGGCUCUAACAUAAAAGAUAAAAUGUUUGUGCUGAGCAGCGCUGCUGGCCUGAGGAGUGACAUGCAUGUGCAAGAGCUGUUCCACGAGGAAGCACAACAGGUAUCUCAAACGCAGACCAAACCCUGGUGGAAGAUACAGCUAUUCGUCUGGGAGCCAGUGCUCUUUGGAACCUGGGAUGGCGUCUUUACUUCUUGCAUGAUCAACAUUUUUGGAGUGGUUCUUUUUCUGAGGACUGGAUGGCUAGUGGGAAACACUGGCAUUUUAAUGGGCAUGUUUCUGGUGUCCUUUGUUGUCGUGGUUGCCUUGGUAACUGUCUUAUCUGGAAUUGGGGUUUGUGAGCGGUGCAGCAUCGGAAGUGGAGGAGUCUAUUCCAUGAUUUCUACUGUCCUCGGUGGUCAAGUUGGAGGGACCAUUGGCCUUCUUUAUAUUUUUGGUCAGUGUGUUGCAGGUGCUAUGUACAUCACUGGGUUUGCAGAAUCCAUCUCCGACUUACUGGGUUUCAGUAGCACUUGGGCAGUUAGAGGCAUUUCACUGGCAGUCUUACUAGGUCUGCUUGGAAUUAACCUGGCUGGUGUUAAAUGGAUAAUCCGUCUCCAACUGUUACUGCUCUUCCUGCUGGCUGUUUCUACGCUGGACUUUGUCAUUGGAUCAUUCACGCACCUAGAUCCAGAACAUGGCUUUGUUGGAUAUUCGAAAGAACUUAUGUUUAACAACACGCUACCGGACUACAGUACUGGGGAGUCCUUCUUCACUGUUUUUGGAGUGUUUUUCCCAGCUGCUACAGGUGUGAUGGCUGGGUUUAAUAUGAGUGGAGAUCUCCAGAAGCCUGAGGCCAGCAUCCCACUCGGGUCUCUGGCAGCUAUCGGCAUUUCGUGGUUUCUAUAUAUAGUCUUUGUUUUCCUGCUGGGAGCCAUUUGUACCCGGGAGUCACUCCGCUAUGACUUUCUGAUAGCAGAAAAGGUGUCCUUGGUGGGUUUCUUGUUUUUAUUAGGAUUGUACAUUUCCUCCUUAGCUUCCUGCAUGGGAGGUUUGUAUGGAGCACCCCGAAUCCUUCAGUGCAUUGCCCAGGAAAAAGUGAUACCGACCCUUGCCUUUCUUGGACAUGGGAAAGGGCGUAACAAGACUCCAGUGGCUGCGAUUUGCUUAACAAGUCUCAUCACCAUGGCUUUCGUCUUCAUUGGCCAAGUGAACAUCCUUGCUCCUAUAGUCACCAUAAACUUCAUGCUGACGUACAUUGCUGUGGACUACUCUUAUUUCUCAGUCUCUAUGAGUUAUAUCCUACAGCAGAAACCCAAGAGGACACAAAGGGAGGAAUCUAGGGUUGUCAACUCUGCCCAGCCUUUAACCUUUGCGAAAACUUCCCGUUAUGGAUCAGAUGGAAUAAUUCAAAGCAGAUCAGAUGGCACCUUGUUAGAAUUCACAAAAGACAUGGACCAGCUUUUUAAGCCUCUUAAUAAAGAUCCAGGGACUCGUAAAGAGAAAGAAGAGAGAGACAAGAAUUUAAACCAAAAGGUCAAACUGAGAAAGAUAAAGAAACCAGCCAAGCAAACAUUACAAGACAGCUUUCUCUUGGAUCUUGAUCAUAAUAUCGCCCCUGCCCCUUACUGUUGCACCAAAACAUCAGAGCCUAGUGAUGAAAGUCUGCAGAGUUUUGCUGAACAGAGUCAUCAGAGUGAAAGAAAUCUGUGUUUAUCAUCAGCUGUGGACACUGAGCAAAAACGUGACCAUGAGCUAAUGGAAUAUGGAGAACAACUUUUUAACGAGCUGCAGAAUCCUCCCAAUCAGAAAGUGGAAGAUACAAAUGUAAAGCAACAAAAUCAAGAACUAGAAAUUCAGAGAAUGCCAGUUUCCUUCUACGCCAGAUUCUGCAAUCACUGGCUUUCCCUUGUUGGUGCAAUCGGAUCGCUUGUAAUCAUGUUUGUCAUUCAGUGGAUCUACACUCUCAUUAAUUUGAGUGUUGCAAUUAUUCUAUAUUUCUACAUUGGCCAAAUGAGUCCUGGACUACCCCCCGGGGCAGCAGCUAACUUCAGGUUUCUCAGCUGGAUUAGGUUAGGUUUGGUCAACUCAUGCAGGAGAAGGCCAUCCCCAGAGGAGCAGAUUGUUGUUACACCGUCCUUUGCAACAGUUGGCAUGGAGACCACUCAGCUCACCGAAGAGAAUGCAGAUUUUGCCUCUCGAGACCGCUGCCACCAUUCUUCUGUUAUCAGAAGAGAAGAAUUUGUCAAUCAGUUUCAGUAAAAAACAAAAACGGAUCUGGCUGUUCGCUCCAGCAGUCGCUUAACACUCACCACUGCUGUGGCACCUGGUAAAAAUAGAACAAUGUGACUAUAUAUUUUUUUAAUGCUUCCACUGUUUGGGGUUAUGUCUUUUUAUAUUAUUUUUUUACAAAGGACAAAGUUUGCAGUUUUAACUAGGAUUCCAUAUCCUAUCCAGUUGAGCAAAACAAAUUAAAGGACUGUAGUAAAGUGAUCAGUAACUGAGGACAAUAGCAUUAGAAAUCUAAAGAAUUCAAAUACUGUACACACCAAAUGCUACUGAUUUGGUGCAAACUUAGUCUAGUUACUUUACCUCUUUAUGCCCCAGUUUUCCUGCCUGUAAAAUAAUAUUUUUCUGCCUAACAGGGAUGAUGUGAGUUUUAAUUAAUUGGUGCUCAUAAAGUGCUUUAAGGCAUUUAGAUGAAAGGCCGAAAUUGAUGAAGGCGAGAGGAUUAUGAAGUGUAUUCAAAUGUUCAAAACUGGAAUCAAAUCCAUUCAUUUAAAUUUAUGAGCUUUUCUGUAUCAUCAUCAUACUGUGAAAUUAUGUUUUAUCAGCACUAAAUAGCUAUUUUCAACAUCACUUCAGAAAUGAGGAUUGGAAGAAGCUGAAUCUCGAAACAUAGGCGAUAAUCUGGGGACCCUCUUCCUGAAGGUCUACAGUGUUUCCAAAUACGACAUGUCCCAGUUAAAAUAAUGAUUUAUGUAAAUGAUUAAAAAGUACUUAUUAGGAUAUAUGUGGCCACACCCUUACUUCAAUCGGAAGAAGAAAUGUAUCACUUGUAUUUAGUCCUCCAGAUAGGAAGCACCUCAGCAGGUGCUUUGCCUGCAUUCUGAAAUGAAGGAUUAGGCCUCAGGAGUAUGUAAUAAACUAGUAGUAAGCACUGCAAAGUAAGUCUGAGCAUUUAAAAUGUAUAAAAAAGGGGAGUGAUCAUUAAUUUCCUUUAAUCUUUGAGUCUUUCAAUUUUUUAUUGUUCAGUGCGAUAAUAACCAGAUCUCUGCAUCUGCUACAGAAAAAGCUCUGAAAUCCUGCUAGCAUUGGGACCAAUGCUACUAAAAGGGGCUGAAGGCCCUUGAUGCCCACUGAACUUGGUGGGAGCUGAAGGCAUUCACCAGCACCUCACAGGGUCAGCCUAUUUGAGUGCUGUUUCUACCAUGUGAUAUUUUCCUGCAGGUGGAAGGAAAGCGGCUUUACCAAUGAAAUCAUGAAUAAAGUUAUUCUGGGAUGCUACUGAAAGUUUGCUCUGCAUUUUAAUUUUCUGUUUUGGUUACAAUUCAGCAUUCCUUAAAUGAUCGUCCUUAUGAAAAUUAAAGAGAUGCUGUCAAAUUAACUCAGCCUGAAGGCUGACCCAGCCCAAGCUGUUUCAUGUUAGAAACAUUCAGUUCAGGAUUCCUUAGUUACUUUUCGUUAAAAAAAAAAAAAAAA